CCUUUGACCCUGAGGUGAUGUCAUCAUCAUCAACAUGGCUGCCGCAGACCGAGAACCCCACGCCAGCGAAGUUCGUUCUCGUUCCUACCAAGACGAGAGCUAUCUGCACGGGUUUCUUGGAAAUGUGGGUGACUUACAGAAGGCUGGGGUACUGCAGGAUGUCGUCCUUGAAGUCGAGGGCCGGCGGUUUCCCUGCCAUCGGCUUGUUCUGUCCGCAACCAGCCCCUACUUCAGGGCCAUGUUUACAAGUGACAUGGCGGAAAGUCGUCAGAAGACGGUUGUUUUACAGGGUUUGGAUGCAGGCAUGUUUGGGGAGAUCCUGAAUUACAUCUACUCAGGAACCCUCCACGUGUCCCUGGACAAAGUGCAGCCCCUGUACCAGGCAGCCGACCUCCUCCAACUGGCCUAUGUGAGAGCCACCUGCAGCAGCUACAUGGCCAUGAACGUGGAGCACUCCACCUGUGUGGACCUGUACAAGUUUGCUGAUGUCUUCUCUGUGGACAUUGUCAAGAAGCAAUGUCUGCAGUGGAUCGCCAGACACUUCACUGAGUUUUCCUUCAAUGAGGACUUCUUCAGCCUGAAUGUUAAAAAGGUGACUGAGAUCAUCAGCCACGAUGACCUGGAUGUUAAAGAGGAGAUAACAGUGUGGGAGGCUGUGGUGAGAUGGGUGCAGUACAGCAGGGAGGACAGACUGCAGCACCUACCCAGCAUCCUCCCUCACAUCCGCUUCAACCUGCUGACCUCAGAUGACAUGGCAACCAUCUUGGAUCACCCCCUGGUCAGUGAGGAUCCUGGAAUUUCUGAGGUCUUCAGGAAUGUGGUACAGAAAGGGAACCCUGACUUGAAGUCGAGGCUUGGGAUGACUACAGAAAUGGUUCUGCUGUCUGUUGUAAAUUCCAGUGAUCUCCUCUUCAUGAACCCUCGAGAAGGGAAGUACAUCAGCUGCAGUUACAAGCCUGAAGACCGCCCUUUUGCCACAGACGUGACUGUCACCAGUGAUAACAACAUCUAUGUCCUGAGUCGUGAGCAAGACAGUAACGAUCAGUUGUCCAUGUUUAAGUACAACAAUGCUGGGAAUGUGUGGGAAGAUGCUGGUAUGUCCUCAGUAUCUAAGUCGCUGAGACCGGAAGGCGAUUUGGAAUACUACGAAGAGCACCUUGUUGAAGUUGAUCGGACUUUGUACUACCUUGCUGAAAAUGUAAGAGAAGGUGUGGUGCGGAUGAGAAAGUACAACCAGCACACAGAUCAGUGGCAGGAGUGUUCACAGCUGCAAUUUGACAUUACUUGUAAUACUACAUAUGACUUCACUGCAGCCCUCUGCUGCAGUUCACACAUCUAUUUCCUCAGAACCAAGGACGUGCAUCGCUACAACCCGAGCGAGGAUAGGUGGUACAAGCAGAGCCCAUCACCAGAGCUCAUUCAUGAUAUCCAUACAGCCGUUGUCAUGGGAACAGAGAUUUUCUGCACAGAUUUUUACUUCAGUAUGACUGUGGUGUACGACACAGAAUCAGACAGCUGGCAUGAACUGCAGGGCUGGCCAAACCAAGGAAACCGUGAGACUAAUCGUACUCCCAGCCUUUUGUACUGGAGAACCAGCUGCACAUAUGGUUAGCCAGUGGCAGUAAUGAUCAUAAUGUGGGUAGAUUACAACACCUAGUAUAUGUGUAUGACAGGACUGCUGAUACCUGGAGAGACUUGAAUGCCACUUUACCAGAUAAGGAAUAUUAUUCGUAUGGUCGCCCGGGCCACGUGGCGCGUAUAUACCUACCAUACCUUAAAGUGCAGGAUAAGGACACAUAGAAUAUAACAGCCUUGCAGAACAGGAUUCUCAAUGAUAAUUUUGUGUACAAUUUGGCUUUUGAGGAGUACCCAAAGUAGGAUAGGUCUUUUGGUAAUUGGAAACAAGUUGCAUUUUGAUGGAAACCCACAAAGUUGUGUUGCCUGAUGACCUGAAAGCAGAGAUUGGCGCCGCCAUACUUACUAUAUGUACUUUGCUAGUAGAAUGUUAACUUUUAAGGUUCUUCUUUCUGAAGUUUAAAGAUAAUCAUCUUCCCACGACAGUGAAAAUGAGAACUUGUGUGGCACAGAGUCUGACUGUUGAUUUUAUUUUUAGCUUUUGGAGAAGAAGCUAAUUGGAAACUUACAUUGAUAUGUUUGCCUAUACAUAAUAACACUUUGUAAUAUUUUAGUAUUAUAGUUUGUUUCAUUUGUUUAGUAGAAAGCCAGCUGCGCACAUUUAUGCGGUUAGAACUAGUUUAUAAACUUGCAUUUCCAUUUACAAUAUAUACGUAUACUUUUGUAUCAUUUUUAAGAAUAAAUAUCUAUUGAUAAGCACAAUG